AUGUCGGACGAGGACGAUUAUAUGUCCAUGGUCAUCGAGGAGCCGACGCAAAAGGAGACCUUCACCCAACGCAAACGGCGAGAACAGCGUGAGGCCGAAGCUCGAGGCCGAGUUCUCAGCAAAGCUGAACGUGCCGCCCAGGAGGCCACCCGUCGCGAUGAGGCCCUGGCGAAAAACACCCUGGACCCCUCCAACAAGGGGUUCAAGAUGAUGGCCAAGCUGGGCUUCAAGCCCGGCGAGUCCCUUGGGAAACGCGACACACCCCCGACGACCACCGACCCUGUGUCCACCCCUCAGGCAUCUGCACCGCGUUCAGAGCCCCUCAAUCUCAUUUUCAAGGAAGGCCGUGGCGGCAUUGGCCUGGACAGCGAAAAGAAGCGCAAGAUCCGCGAGGAGGCCGCGGAAGCGACCAAGAAGAUCAAGCGAGACGAAGGCGACUACCGCGACCGCGUGCGCGAGGAACGUGAGACACGCCGCACAGAGGCGCAGGUGCGCGCGGCUCAGAAAGUGGCUGAGCGGUUGGAUGCUGAAGCCGAGUCCGCGGACGCGCCAGCCGAUGCGUCCGGUGGCGUGAUGGACCCCGACGAAGACGACACUGCCGAGCCCAACUCGGCGACGCCGCGCAAAACCAAGCCCGUGAAGCUCACCUCUCACCUCAACGUGCUCUACCGCGGCCUGGUCCGUGAGCGGGAGAACCGGGAGCGAGAGAUUCAGGCUCGCCAUGCGUUGCAGACGUCGCUACCGUCAUCAUUCUUCCCCAGACAACGGCUGCCUGGAUACAAUGAUCCUACAUUAGACCGCGAUGACCUCGAGGCGCUCGGGACGCGGGAACCCUAUACGGCGAUCGUCGAGCAGGAGCUCGAGGAGGAAGACGCGGAACUGGACGCCUUUAAUGCCCUUGAGCCAGCGGAGCGACUGGAGAAGCUCGUCCGGUUCCUGCGCGACACGUACCGGUAUUGUUUCUGGUGCAAGUAUCGCUACGAAUCGGACGAGGAGUUAGAGGGCUGUCCGGGUCUGACGGAGGAAGAUCAUGAUUGA